AUGUCACCAUCAUGGCUCCAGGCUACAGAAUCUACAAUGAGGUCACAAAGGCUGGCCACAGGCAGGAACGUUCUGGAUGUCCAGUCUAGAGACUGCCGCUGUCCGCCUACGGCUAGAGCAGGGGGGUGACCAAAGCUGAUAAAAAGAAUUGGGAGACAGAAGUGGGCACAGCCUCCCUGACGACAAAGAAGGGUGAAAAUGUGUCAUGGGUGGAAGGCAGGGGCUGGGAGCUGAGAUAUUUCAGCUCCUGCUAGGGGUCAACCAGUCUGCAUACUGGGUGGGGGAUGGACACAGAAGCUGGACACUCCCCGCCCUCCACUGGACUGCAACUGUGUUUCUGUGAACGUCCCAGGAGGCCAGAUGCUCCCCAGACAGUAAGAAGAGAGGCCGAAGAUACCCUGCACACCAUGUCCUCACUCAAAACACUGAGUCUGACGGAGAGAGAUCACCAACGGGAAAUUAAAGCCAAAGGACACCCCUACUGGACGUCAAAGCGCGACGGCGAGGUGCACCUGCGGCAGGAGGACGCCUUCACCAGCCAGGCGCCCAUCACCGUGCAUGACAUGGUCAUGAACACGGCCAUCAAGUACGCCAACUACAUCGCGCUCGGCUCCAAGCACAGGAACGGUUGGCACCUGCUCACCUACAUCGAGUACUAUGAAGAGUGCCGGCGCGCCGCCAAAGCCUUCCUCAAGCUGGGCCUGGAGCGCUUCCACAGCGUGGGGAUCAUGGGGUUAAACUCGGAGGAGUGGGCCAUCGCCAGCAUUGGUGCUAUCAUGGCUGGGGGCUUCUCUGUUGGCAUCUUGUCCACCAGCUCCCCAAAAGCCUGCCAGGUCAUCGCCGAAAGCUCGGAGAUGGACAUAUUUGUGGUGGACAAUGACAGGCAGUUGCAGAAGAUCAUCCAGAUCCAGGGCUCCUUGAAGCACCUCAAGGCCAUCGUCCAGUACAAGGAGGAGAUCCGGACCUGGCUGCAGAACCUGUAUUCUUGGAGAGGGUUCUUGGACCUGGCAGACGGCAUCUCGGAAAACACGCUGGAUCAGGUCAUUGACUCCCAAAAGCCCAACCAGUGCUGUGCCCUGGUCUACAGCCUGUCGGUCACAGGCCCCCCCGAAGGCCAUGAUGCUCAGCCACGACAACAUCACCUGGACCACGGUGGCCACGGCCCAGAGGCUGUCUUACAAGUGCCCCCCGGAGGAGCAGGAGAUCCUAGUGAGCUACCUCCCUCUCAGCUACAUGGGGGCCCAGCUCUUCGACAUGUGGGUCUCCAUCUCUGUCGCCGGAGCCCUCUACUUCGCCCAGCCGGAUGCUCUGAGGGGCUCCCUGAUAGACACGCUGCGGGAGGUGAAGCCCACCCUGUUCCACGGCGUCCCGUGGGUCUGGGACAGAUUGCUGGACAACCUGAAGACCGACCAGCUCUCGUCGACCCCGUUCCGGAGGAGGAUGGACCAGUGGGCCAUGUGGCUGGGACUCAGGACAAACAGGAAGCGGAUGUUCAAACCCAUUCUCCACUGUGCUUCAGCCUGGCCAAGAGGCUGACCUUCAACCGGGCCAGGAGGUUCCUGGGCCUCCAUCACUGCAGGCAGUACUUCAACUUGGGCCUGGGGCUCUCCAGAGCCACCCUGGAUUAUUUCCUCAGCCUCAACAUGCCCAUCUUUGAGCUCUACGGCUUGUCUGAAAGCACGGGCAUCCACACGCUCUCCAGGCAGCAAGACUUCCGGCUGCUGAGCUGUGGGAAGUCCCUCCCCAACACCCACACCAAGACGCAGAAGCACAAUGAGGAGGGCAUCGGGGACAUCUACAUUUGGGGCCGGAACAUCUUCAUGGGGUAUCUCAAUGAUGAGGAGAAUACGCAGGAGAAGAUCGAUGCCCACGGCUGGUUGCACACGGGGGACCUGGGCUUUUUGGACACCGAUGAAUUCCUCUAUGUCGUCGGCAACGCCAGAGAUAUCAUCACCCUCAGUUCAGGUGAGAGGAUCAACCCGAACCCCAUUGAGGAGCGGGUGAAGAGGUACAUCCCCAUCGUGCGCUACGUCGUGCUGGUGGGCCAGGACGCGCCCUACCUGUGUGCCCUGCUCACGCUGAAGUGCCAGGUUAACACGGACACAGGGGAGCCCCGGAAUGCGCUGACCAGCGAGGCGGUUGCUUUCUGUAGACAGCUCCGGAGCCAGUCCACCAGGCUGUCGGACAUCGUUUACGACGGAGACCCGGUGGUCUUGGAGUUCAUCAGUCAGGGCAUCGACGCUGCCAACGCCGAGGUCCCCUCGGACAGCGCCAAGAUCAUCAAGUGGACCAUCCUCAGGACGGACUUCUCCAUGGUUGGAGGGGAGCUGGGGGCAACCACCAAGCUGAAGAGGGCCAUGGUGGCCAGGAUGUACCAAGCUGAAAUUGAAAGGCUUUACGAGGAGGCUGAUGACGAAGACUAGCAGCCAGGAAAGGCCCUGGGGGGCGGGGGCCUUCCUGCUUCAUCACCAGACUGCCAUCUCCCUCCCUCCAUCCCCCUAUCGGAUGAUCAUCGAGGAGCUGCCUUCUAGAAGGAGGGAAGCUGCUCUGAGGGCCAAGUUGCCAAGUGCCGACCGGGGACGGGGGUUUUAACUAAGAUGCCCCCUCUGGGGCGGUGUUUUACAUUUAAAGGUAAAAGAUAAUGA